AUGUCGACGGAUAAUGCCUUAGUCCCCACCACGUCGUCGGUGAUGAUGGACGAUGGAGCCAAAUUGCAUGUGAAGAUUCUUGGAGACGGCAAUGGCUCCAGCUCGAAGCCUUUGCUCAUCUCUCUUCAUGGCGCACCUGGUCUAUCCACCCAUCUUGAGCCCGCGGCUUCUUACACUUUUCUGUCGAAGGUCUAUCGGGUACUAGUGUAUGAUGGUCGCGGGAGCGGCACUUCCGAUCAUAUCGGACCAUUUAGUCAUGACCGAUGGAUCAAGGAUAUCGAAACUCUCAGGAAGUUUUACGGCGCAGAAAAGUUCGUUUUGGCCGGUGCAUCUUACGGAGCUUUCCUUGCACUCGACUAUGCCGUUCGCCAUGGAGACAGGCUGGACGGACUCAUUCUACGGGGGGCUUGGGCAAACGGAAAAUUUGGCCCAAUGAAUGCGCUGGCGAAUAUCCUGACAUCGGACAAAGUGAAAGUUGAUACUGAACGUCAAGUGCGCCUGUGGUCUGGAAAUCUACGUAACGACCAAGAUUUCGAAGACUCAAUCAUGGAGCUGCUCCCAUUCUAUGCGCCGCCACAUACGGCUGAUAUUCAGGACAUCCCAGAGUCGACAGAAUUCAUGGGAACUGUGAAGUAUCACUCUGCAACGCAAAACUAUGCGUUCGGUGUUAAUAUGCCCCAGUUCGAUGUGCGAGAUAAGCUCCAAUCAAUCAAGGCCCCAACAUAUGUAGUCGUCGGGCGACAUGACUAUGUGACACCAGUGUCCAGCAGUGAAGAGAUUGCUCGUGCGAUUCCUCGAGCGAAGCUGGAAAUAUUCGAGCACUCAGGGCAUAGUCCACCAUCAGAUGAACCGAAGGCAUUUGAAGCGAGCCUGGCGAAGUGGUUGAAAGCCGAAGGAUUGCCCUCUACAAGCUGA